AUGUCUGGAUUAGAAUCAAACAUACUGGUAAAGGAUUGGUUAGAACUUUACCCAGAGCCCCAAUCCACGGCCUCUCGAUUGUCUGCCGAUGAAGUUUUACAAUUGUUGUCGGCCGGAAAAUCUUCAACCAUUCUUGAUUUGAGAAAUGACCGUGCACCAGGAUUUAUUCGCGAGUCAGUUAAUGUUCCUGCCACUUCUAUCUCUGGAUAUUCUAACAUAAAGGAUCAGGUAAUUGAUAAGAUAUAUGCGGCCAAUCCAAAUCUAAACUACAUAAUUGUUCAUUGUAAUAGUUCAAAGAAUAGAGCCACGAAAGUGGCAGGUUGGAUUCAAGAUUAUAUUAACGACCAAAAGUCUGAAAAUUUAAAGGUUGCCGUAUUGAACGAAGGAAUUACAGGUUGGUUAGAGAGACCAGAGCCAUAUAGCACCUUCGUAGAAAAGUAUCCUUAA